AUGGACUCCGCGUCGCCGGCGGCGUCCUCGCCCGGGGCGGCCGCGCACCCGCUGUUCGAGCCGGCCGACUACGCCAUGUUCGCGGUGAUGAUGGCGGUCUCGGGCCUGGUCGGCGUGUACUACGGCUGCUACAAGAGGCAGGACACCGUGCAGGACUACCUGCUCGGCGGCAAGGCCAUGAACAUCUUCCCCGUGGCCAUGUCACUCAUUGCCAGCAACGUGUCCGGCAUCACGAUGCUGGGAGUGCCCGCCGAGAUGUACACCUACGGCUCCCAAUACUUCGCGCUCAACUUCUCCGCCGUGUUGGUGUGCGUUGUAACGGUGCGGUGGUUCGUCCCCGUCUUCUUCACUCUGCAGUUCACUUCAUCCUACGAGUACCUUGAGCAUCGGUUCAACAGGACAAUAAGACAAAUAGCGUCUUUCCUGUUUGGUCUAGGUCUGCUUUUGUACUUGCCAGUGGUCAUUUACGUGCCAUGCUUAGCAUUUAAUCAAGUGAGUGGCAUCGACCUGCACAUCAUUGCUCCUCUCGUCAUGUCAAUUUGCAUUUUCUACACGACUGUGGGCGGCCUGAAGGCCGUCGUGUGGACGGACGCCCUGCAGUUGGUCGUGCUGGUGGCGGCCUCCAUCGUCGUCAUCACCCUGGGGGUCAUCAUGAUCGGCGGGCCCGGCGAACUGCUGGCCAGGGCCAACAUGGGCGGCAGGUUGGAGCUGUUCAACAUGAACCCCGACCCGCUGGUGCGCACCACGUUCUGGACGGUGUUCGUGGGCUCCGUGCCGGACAUCUUGUGCAACCACGCCGUGUCCCCCACGUCCGUGCAGCGCUUCCUCAGCGUGCCCACGCUCCGCGACGCGCGCUGGCUCGGCAUCUUCCUCUGCAUAGGCUACAUCGUCACCAAGGCCCUGAGCUGCAUCACGGGUAUCCUGGUGUACGCCACCUACCACGACUGCGACCCGCUCAAGACACGGGCCAUCAAGAAACCCGACCAGUUGGUGCCGUACUUCGUCAUGGAUGUGGCCAGAGUGGUCCCUGGACUGCCGGGCCUCUUCGUCGCCGGAGUGUUCAGCGCCGCUCUGAGCACCAUGUCCUCGGGGCUCAACACCCUGGCCGGCACGCUGUACGAGGACUUCCUGGUCCGCAUCCUCGCCAGGUCGGGGCGCACCCCGAGCGAUCAGCAGGCCUCGCUCAUCGUCAAGGGCCUCGCGCUGCUGGUGGGCGUGAUAUGCAUGGUGCUCAUGUUCGUGGUGGAGAAGAUGGGCAGCGUGCUGCAGAUCACCUACACGCUGAGCGGCAUCACGGGCGGCGCGCAGCUUGGCCUGUUCCUCCUGGGGCUCUUCGUGCCGUGGGCCAACGCCAUGGGCGCGAUGGCGGGCGGGCUGUCCGGCCUGCUGCUCAUGGCCUGGGUGGUGGUGGGCUCCCAGGUGGCCCUGGCCACCAAGCAGCUCGUGUACCCCUGGCUGCCCACACGGGUGGACGGCUGCGCCAACAACGUCACCGACAUCCUGCACGACAAGGACAUGACCUGGACGAACUCGAUCCUGGUGAACGCCACCAACCCGGCGGACACCUUCCUGCUCUACCGGCUGUCGUACUACUACUACACCUUGAUCGGCGCGCUCAUCGUGGUGGUGGUGGGCUUCGUCGUCAGCGUCCUCACCGGCCCCCAGGACCCCAAGACCAUGAACAGGGACCUCCUGUCGCCGGCCAUCCACGGCUUCCUCCCCGAGCCCUGCAAGCAGCCGGAGCACAUCAAGAUGGCCCCGCGGCCCUAGGGACCUCCCGGACGCCGGACCCUCUGCGGGAUCUUUCCGGUUCUCGGGCGGGCACGGCACUGGCCGAAGCAACACGCACGUUCGCCGCGCUCCGCCCAGCGCCGCCUCCGCCAAGCACAGUGGGCCAGAAGGCCGGCGCCGGC